AUGGAUCUUUCAGAGUCUUUAUUCAACCCGUCUACACACAGCGAUAAACGUGUUCAACCACGCGACCGCGACGCUACCGCGACGCGCACUGCUCAGUGUGAACCCACUCCUGGAACUAUGGGAUCUGACGAACAGGAACCGGUACGCAAAUGCAAUCGCUUAUCUUCGAUAGAGACUUCACAGCGCGAUGCUAUAACGGAGACUGUCGCUGAAUAUAUAAGCAAGAAAAGUUCCCGUGGACAAUCUCGGCUCUACGCUGAACAUGAUGCUCUAACGAGAAAAGAAAAACACAUUUGGAAGUACAAUAGGAAUGUAGAGAAGAACCGCAGUUCUACCACCGUUUGCUACAAUGAAGGUGCUGUUGAAUUAACAACAGGUAACAAGAAGGAAGAAAAGCUAGAUAAGGACAACACGUAUAUCAAUGCCAACCAUCUUCAUUCUCCUUAUGGGAAUUUUAUUCUAGCUCAGGCACCUAUGGCAAACACUCUCAUCGAUUGGUAUCGAAUGAUUUGGCAGUUAAAGAUCGCCGUUGUGGUGUGUCUUGUCGAUCCAGAGGACAGAGCUCAAUGUGAGCCAUAUUUUAAGCCGUAUCAAAAUCGAACUUUUAAGAUUAAAAAUCGAUUUGCUGUUCGUACGAUUUCGAUUCGAGAAGAGGAUGCCGGUAUAACAAAUUAUCAACUAAAAUUGACAAACAAACUGUCAUUGGAGAAAAAUCGUACUCUUUACGUGAUUGCAAUGCCUACACAGGUGAACACACCAGUUCAUCCACGAAAACAACUAAAUCUGAUUGCAGAAGUUUCAGCGACGGAGACGGCAGCGUCCAAUGGAGAAGAAACGGAAAUUCCACCAAUAUUGGUGCAUGGCUGCAAUGGUGUUGGUCGUACAGCUGCUUUUAUUGCUACUUUUAUGUUGUGUAGAUCGCUGCAAAAAUUUGGUGAAAUGUCUCCAGUUGAAGUAUGGGUACGACUUAAUCAUGCUCGACAUAAUGCAGCUAAGGAACGUAUAUACUUCCUCUCAUCGAUUGAAUGCGCAUUACUCUACGCAGUCGAUAUAGGCCUAAUCGCAGCAUCUAAUCCACAACUUAUGCAAGUAAAUAAGAUGUUCCGAUCCAGUUAUGAAGAAGAGAGAAGACUGAGAUUGAUUUCGAGUGGUUCGAGCUAG